CAUUUCCGUUUGUAGGCCGGAAGAUUGGCAGUCUUACCGUCCAAUCAGAAGCAGGCUCACCCCCCAACCUACCGAGAAAAGGAGUUGAGGGCAGGAAGCCCCGCCUUCCACAACUGUAUGACGUCAUAAUCGCCAUGGCCAGCUAUCCGUACGGGCAGAGUUGCCCAGGAGCUGCAGGACAGGCACCUGGAGCACCCCCGGGUGGCUACUACCCUGGGCCUCCCCAUGGUGGGGCCCAGUAUGGCAGUGGACUGCCCCCUGGCGGAGGCUACGGAGGUCCUGCCCCUGGAGGACCCUAUGGAUACCCCAGUGCUGGAGGAAUCCCGUCUGGAACCCCAAGCGGACCAUAUGGUGGUGCACCUCCAGGGGGCCCCUAUGGUCAGCCACCUCCAAGUUCCUAUGGUGCCCAGCAGCCUGGACUUUACGGACAGGGUGGUGUCCCCCCAAAUGUGGAUCCUGAGGCCUACUCCUGGUUCCAGUCAGUGGAUGCCGAUCACAGUGGCUACAUCUCCCUCAAGGAGCUGAAGCAGGCCCUGGUCAACUCCAACUGGUCCUCGUUCAAUGAUGAGACAUGCCUCAUGAUGAUAAACAUGUUUGACAAGACCAAGUCUGGCCGCAUUGAUGUCAUUGGCUUCUCAGCCCUGUGGAAAUUCCUGCAGCAGUGGAGAAGCCUCUUCCAGCAGUAUGACCGGGACCACUCUGGAUCCAUUAGCUCCACAGAGCUGCAGCAAGCUCUGUCACAGAUGGGCUACAACCUGAGCCCUCAGUUCACCCAGCUCCUGGUUUCCCGCUACUGCUCGAGAUCUGCCACCCCUGCUAUGCAGCUUGACUGCUUCAUCAAGGUGUGUACCCAGCUGCAGGUGUUGACUGAGGCCUUCCGGGAGAAGGAUACAGCUGUGCAGGGCAACAUUCGCCUCAGCUUUGAGGACUUCGUCACCAUGACAGCUUCACGGAUGCUAUGAGUCAGCCUACCUAAGGAAGUGGAGCACACCAAGGGGUGUGGGCCUCUCUCCUUUUCCUCCGCUCCUCGCAAAAAGUGUGUCCUAGCCAGAGCUAGGAAAAGACAGAAGGUUGACUAUCCAGGGCUGUGGGGUGUCACUGCCUUGGAGUAGGGGCACUAGUGGUGCCAGUGGAGUUAGUGUCUGGUCGGCUAUGAAUUCCCCUCUACUCCCCGAUGCCAGUGCUAAGUGCUCAUUGGCCGGCCUCUUCAGGUACCACCUGUCAUCCCACACUGAGCCCACCAGAGCACACGGGCCCAGUUUCUGCAAAGCAGACAGACUGAGCAUGAGAGAGAUUUGCUGGGACCAGUGCCUGGGAUUCCUUAGCUCCCACAAUCCUUGUGUGUUAGCAUUAGUCCACCUGAGACUUUCCCUGCUCAAGAAGCUUGGACAGUCUGCCAUCUCAGCCAUUUUGGAGGCCCAUAGCCUCUAAAACUUGGACCCCUUACUGGCCUGCCGUGUUCCACUCAGCUUCACUCCCCAGGGGACGUUUGUCACAUUCUACUGCCAAUGUUGUUUUUAAUUUGCUGUUUUUUUUUUUUUUUUUCCCAUUUGGGGCCAAAAGUCCAGGAAAC